AUGCAUUCAGUAUUCUCGCCUCAAGAAAGAUAAAAGCAAUCUGCCAGAUUUUAGGAGAACUAAGCAUCUAGUAGUUAGAUUUUCAUGUUCAAGCAGGAAGGGAAUAAUUGCUAAACGGGAGAUCCCUCUAAUUUUCUUACUAAUGGAGGAAGUUAAGGAGUCAUGAGAUCCCAAUAGUAAAAUCUGUUGAAUUUCAAUAAUCUGAAUAAUUCAACUCUCUCUCCCAUCACAAAUAAUUCAGUCAACAGUAUGAUGAAUAAUAAUCACACUGGAGCAGUCAGUCGAAGGGAAACUGGUGCCAACAUUAAUGAUUUAUAUUAACAGAAUUCUGCGCUCAGAAAUCUAAAGGAAAGUCAGGCAACAAAUAGAUUCAACUAUCCCCUCACUACUGGAAGGAAAGCUAAAGCAUACAAGAGUAUAAUGCAUAGCGAGUCUAAUAAUAAAUAAAACUUUUCAAGAAAGCUAUUUUCACCUCAAGACUCUGGACCUCACUCAGUGAGUAAUUAGGUAUUAUCUGCAGGUAAAUCAAAUGAAAAACUCAUGGACCGAUUUAUUCCGUGCCGAAUGGGGGAAAAUCUAUAAGCUAAGUUUGAAGCUGUCUCUUAAAAGUAAGAAGAAGAGUUUAAGUACAAUUACUCUAGAAACAGCUAGCUUAUUAACUCACUAGGCUUGACUGGAGAAGGAGAGCCAAUGGACGCUGAUCAAUCAGGGGUAAUAAAUGGUAACUAAUUAGGUUAAAACCCUAACAAUACAUCUAAUACUACUAAUAGACAUCAAAGGGGCUUCUCAAAUAUCUUUGGUGGUAUUUCAACCCUAGAUCAAGUUAACGGCUAUAGAAUAACACCACAAUCCCAAACUGGAUAAAAUAUUGGGCCGAAUUAGCGUGACGACUCGCAUAAUUUGCACAACUAUAAUAACUUAUUAGAACAAUAAAUAUUUAACGGCUCUGAAUAAAGUGAAGACCCAAUCCUAGAUUCUAACAGAAAUCUCUCUUUAUUUAACACCUAGAACAACGAUUUCAUGUCGUCAUUUGCUAUGAAAGAGAAUCUAGAUGUGAAUGUUUAGAACAGUAAAAAUUAACAGCAGUUUGGUUAAGGCGCCAAUGGCAGUAGCCUACUGAACAGUAAACUCUUUAAGUUUAAGAAAUAAACUGGAGUAGUUAGAUAAUUUGGAGAUAAUCUCUCAACUCAUCCUUUCACAUCUCUGAUAAAUCUAGAACCGGAGCAAUAAUAAUUGCCAGUUGAGUAAAUUCAUCGUAAAAUUCCUCAAUAACCUUACAAAGUUCUAGAUGCGCCUAAUCUUAAUGAUGAUUUCUAUCUGAACUUAGUUGAUUGGUCAUCAUCAAAUAUUCUAGCUGUAGCCCUAGGACAGUCUGUAUAUAUAUGGAAUGCAUGCACCUCAACGGUCUCUUAACUGUGUGAUCUCGGUGAGGAUAAUUACGUCACUUCAGUUUCUUGGUCAUAGAGAGGCUCUCAUCUUUGUGUGGGAGACGGGAAUGGAGAGAUAUAAAUAUGGGAUGUGAAUCAUUAAAAAAAUAUUAGAACUCUCGCAGGCCAUUAAAACAGAGUUGGCUCCUCAUCAUGGAAUGGCUCACUCAUUGCUACUGGCAGUCGAGAUAGAUCAAUUCUGAUUAGAGAUGUUAGAGCUUAGGAAAAUUUCCAUUAAAAGCUUCUAGGCCACAAAUAAGAAGUAUGUGGCUUAAAGUGGAGUUUCCACGAUGAAAACUAACUCGCAUCUGGAGGCAAUGAUAAUAAACUAUUCAUAUGGUCUCAGCAUAGUAAUACUCAUUAAGCUAAAUUCUCUUAGCAUCAAGCUGCAGUUAAAGCCAUCGGCUGGAAUCCAUAAUAGAGAGGCUUAUUAGCUACAGGCGGUGGCACUGCAGACCAAUGCAUCAGAUUCUGGAACACUUUAACACUUCAACCAAUAAACUUUGUCAAUACUGGUUCUCAAGUGUGCAAUUUGAUGUUCUCUAAGACAAAUGAUGAACUUGUGAGUACUCACGGUUACUCAUUAAACCAGGUGAUUGUGUGGAAGUAUCCAUCAAUGGAGAAGAUAGCCACUCUCACAGGACAUACUUACAGAGUCUUAUACCUCGCUAUGUCCCCAGAUGGCUCAUCAAUAGUUACUGGAGCAGGUGACGAGACUCUACGAUUCUGGAACGUUUUUCCCAAAUCUAGAAGCAGCAAGGGCGCAGUCGGUACCGGAGUUAUUGGCAACGGUAAUUCAACUCUUUUUCCAUCAAGCAUCGACUUUAGAUGA